AAACAUAAGCAAUUUUGAAGUUUUCUUGUGUGUGCAGAAGUAAAACUUGCAAGCUAUUGAAGCAGGGCUUUUUUCAACUGGAAUUCAGUUCCGGCACCUCUCAAUUGGGUGCCAUUGCCAUUAUAAGAGAAUGAGGGAGGUUUUCAUGCUGAGUUUUGGCACCUCUUUUUCUAGAAAAAUAGCACUGUAAUGAAGACCUUGAAUAUGUUUAAUGGCAUUGAAUCAUCUUGACUCUAGGAAUUGCUUGUAACUGGCUACUACACAAGCGUCUUAUGAUUCUAUGAUCCCUUCACUUGAUGACUGCAGCAUCAAGUGAUGCAGAAAUGGGCCACUAGACAUAACAUUUUGAUACCGUCUCAAAUGCAAAAAGUUUCAGCAGAACCAGCUGAUACAUGCAGCUACCAUUCAUCAAAUGUACAGUAAUGAACAUAUGUAAGCCUAUAAAGCAGAGAUCUUACAGAAAUAGUGCCAGCCUCACAAACUGGGAUGUAAAGAAAUGUCAAAUCUUCAGUCUGCCCACUAGAUGGCAUAUAAACAAAGUAAAAAGGAUGCAUGAAUCAGUUGCUCUGACAAACUGGAGGGGAAUGGGGAAAACGUGGGACCCGGCUACCAGGGUAUAAAGUCUACAUGAAGGAUAAUUGUCGUAAGCCACUCUUAGCCUCCUGACCCACCCCAUCUCUCAGCCUCGUCCCUCCCACCCGUAAAAUGGGGAUGAUGAUACUCGUUUUUGUUUAGUCGAUUGGUCGUGUCCGACUCUUCAUUACUAUCCAGGUAAUUAUCCUGGAUUUCUCGCUACCUCCUGCACACAACUGUUUUGCUUUUUAUCACCUCCAAACGCCUUCGGAGGGUUCAAAGGUAACCAGGCAAUUCACUCCGCGGGCAAAACAACCCCGCCUCUCAAAGGGAGCCCUUCGAUGAUGGAGGAACCUCGUCCCCGCCCAUCCCAAUUAGAUCCGGCGUGCGGCUUGGCCAAUGAAAAGCCGUAGGAAAUAGGAGGAGCUUAUCUGCGCGUCGUGCGCCAUUUCCCGCCAAAUGUUUGGGCAUAAAGGGAACGUAAGCGGGAAGUGUGCUGCUGCUGCUGAGGCGUUUGCUUUUCUGCGCCAGUCCUUCGCGCCCCCUGGGAGAGAUGGAAGGUGUGUUUUUUUCUCCCAUGCGAGUGAAGAAGCUGCGCUGAGAGCUGCUCUUCUUCUGCUGGGCAGUGUCCCUGAUGGCUCAGCAGUGUCAGGUGCUGAGGUGCUGCUUCUGUAACGUCUUCCAAGUCCAGCAGAUUAAAAAGAGCCAAAAAUGGAAUUGCAAAGUAUGUGAUGAAAAGCAGUCAGUUCUAAAGAGUUUUGGUCAGGGUUCUGGAUCUGAUUGCAGGCGCCAUGUACAAAAACUCAAUUUGCUACAAGGACAAGUAGAGCAGGGACCUACGGAAAUGCUCAGAUCUAUAGAAGAACCAAUAAAGAGAGAUGGUGAGAACACAAUAGUUAAACUGGAAGAGAAUUCGGGCGGGCAGGAGGAAAAGGUAAAGUUGGUCAGCCGCUGGACUAAAUAUCUCAAUGGAAGAUGUGAAGAGCAAGUGAAGGAAGAUGAGGAGGAGAUAAUGGUGCAUACAGAAAAACAGAGCUACUCUUUCAAGAACACACUAAGGAAGUGUCAGAAGACCAGCUUACACAUCAGUGAUUCCCAGGGGUCUAGAAAAAGGAGAGCUCCUGGAUUUGCAAAGGAUGUCCUAUGUUUUGAGAACAGAAAAGAUUCAGCCUAUGGAGAUGAUACAUCUUUAAAUGUGAUUCCUGUUGUCAAAGAGCAUCUGGUGUGCCAGAAGAAUAAAGAUUCAGAGUCAAGAGCUGCUGAACUUUCAAAGUGGGAGAAAUUCCUUUUAUCUGGUAAGAGUUGUAAUAGUGGCAAUGAAACUGCCAUGAUGCAAGAGAGGCAGGGAAUGCUAGUCCAAAUGUUUGCUGCAAGGAGAAGUGCUGAAAGGCCAGCAACCUCCAGCCCCUGUAAUUGGCAUCAUGCAUCCGUUCCAUUAGCUGGAGUACAACAGUUCUCCAACAUUGAACAUGUUCCCAUAGCUGACAUACCUGUGGGAAGAAGGAAACACUUUCCUCCUUUAACUAAUGUUCAUCUUCAAGAAAAAGUGCUUCAAGAAAAAGUGCCUGAAGAGCAAUCUUCUUUUGUAAAUACUCUUAUUAGUGUCUCAAAUUCAAAGAAUCUGCAUAGAAACCUCUUUUCUACAGGAGAUGACUUUGAUGAUGAUAUUUAAAUGCUCUUUUUUUCUUCCCAACACUUUUAUCAUUAUUAGUCUAUGUGAGAUGACUUAGAAGAAUAAAUUGUAGCCUGACCUAAGUCAUAAAGCUAUGUUGUAUAAUAAAGGAGAUUGUACUUAAAUACUGUCAGUAUCUUUGACAUGUAUGAUGUUGUUCAUAAUUUGUGGUGAAAAAUGUGGUGUCGGGACAAGACUUUAAAACCAGCAAAGCAGUAUUCAUUGUAUACUAUGUAUAGGCAGAAAUUUCUAAAAAGGCAUUUUUCUGCACCCGAGUACCAAAUUGGGGCUAGCUUUGUUUUCUCUUGCAUCCAAGGGGGGAAUUUUUUUCUUGUACCUGGUUCUGUAGUGGGAGUAGUAGGAGGAAUGCUGGCUCAGGUGGUGCUGAAACUUGUAUGUACACUGUAGUUCAGGCACAGGCAAACUUUGGUCCUCCAGACAUA